GUCUUUGCUUUGGCCUUGUAUGUUAUCAGACAUAUAAUUUCGUACGCAAAUCAAUUUAGCAAAAACGAUCAUAUAAACAUUGUUUUGUAUUUAUAAACGUGACGGAAGGCAGCUUUGGGCAAGAUGUUCCCGCCGACGCGUUUAAAGAGCUGCCUUCCAGUCAUGAAUCCGAUGUUCAAGCGAUUACGUCCGCAUAGGCCGUUCCGACAAACAUCGUACCACAAUCAAACAAAGGUUUCGAAUACGGUUACGAAUACAAAAUGGAUGAAUUUACGAGCAAUAAUAACUCGUUGGGUGCCUCUAGGGAGUGUUAUGUACGUUGGAUGGUGUUACAUACGAGCUAGCGUUAAUUAUGAAGUGUCUAAAGUGGAAAUUAAAUUUUACGAAAUGUUCCCGUUUCGAAUUACCAGUCGACUUUGGGGACGUCUCGCGGCUUGCGAACUGCCGACAUCGAUUAGAAAUUUCGUUUACGGGACAUACGUAAGAGUUUUUAAUGUGAAUUUAAACGAUGCUGCUGUCACCGAUUUGAAAUAUUACAAAAGUUUAUCCGCAUUUUUUACGCGUCCCUUACGUGAAGGUGCGAGAUAUAUUUCACCGUCUAUCUGUGUGUCACCAUGUGAUGGCGUCGUAUUAAACUGUGGUCCAGCGGAUACUGAUAAAAUCGAGCAAGUGAAAGGAGUAACAUACAGCUUAGAAGAAUUUCUCGGUGAGAAUAAAUGGUCAGAGAAUACCGAUCCUAAUUACUACAAUUCUUUAUUAAAAGAUAAAAAUAAUAUAUUACAUCAAUGUAUCAUAUAUUUAGCACCAGGAGAUUAUCAUAGAUUCCAUUCACCAUGUGAUUGGACGUCAAAAUUUCGUAGACACUUCUCCGGUAAACUUUUAUCAGUAAAUCCAUGGAUGGCCCGUUUGAUACCUGGUUUAUUCACAAUGAACGAAAGAGCUGUGUACAUAGGUGAGUGGAAACAUGGCUUCUUCAGUAUGACAGCGGUCGGAGCGACCAAUGUUGGUUCAAUAGAGAUAUACAGUGAUCCAAAUUUACGUACAAACACAAAAGGAAAGAGGAAUCGUGUUGAUGAGUUGAAUAUUAACACAUCUUAUUGUAAAGGGGAGUUAUUUGGUCAAUUUAAUAUGGGUAGUACUAUAAUACUUUUGUUUGAAGCUCCGAAGGAUUUUAAAUUUGAGUUUAAAUCUGGCGAAAGGGUGCUUGUAGGCCAGGCGUUGUCUGGUUGUGCUGUGCACACUAGAUGACCUGGUUUAAAUGAUCUCUUGUAUGUAAUGCAAACCGGAUUAGUUUGCUACAUGUUCAUUUUGUUACUUUAAGUAACAAAUAGUUUUCACAAUAUAAUAGUGAUAAAACGGAAAUUAUUAAUUUCAUAAACAAUCAUUAGUUUUUUUUUUAUUUUAGUUUAAUAUAAAAUAUAUUAAUAGCCUAUUUUAUUGUGAAGACUAGUAUUUAUACUCUUUAACAGUAUAUUAGAGGCCUGGCUGAUGACACAACCUCCAUAAGCAAGAAACUUGGCUUAGAAACUUCUAUGAGCAAUAAAAUGUGGUCUCUUGUUCUGCUUACCCAGGUUUUACUGUAUGGAAAGCCAUAUUUAAAGUACUAAAAAGAAAAGAGUAUAUUAAACUACAUUUCCACUACUGUUAGCAUCUAUAGGAAUACAUUUUAUCUCUGUUUUUUUGUGCAAGUGAUGUUAUUUCUGUAUUUCACUAGUGGAAAUGAGUAUUAAUAAAAUGUUUCAUUGUUGAACUGCUUAUAUGAAGAAUUUGUUUUAGUUUUUUUUGUAAGGAUAUAGUUUUUAUUUUUGCUGAACAAUUGUAAUAUU